AUGGCGUCAAAGCUGGGGACAAAUCAAGGAUCAGCUAAUCAGGAAAGGAAAGGGAACCAAAAUCGGAAAGGGGAUGUGGAUGCGUCGUCUGCGGCCAAAGUUGGUAACAAGGGAAAGGAACCAAUGGCGGAUCAAAGGGAGUCGGCCAAAGGGGUCUUGGGCUCGGGCCCAUCUAAAAUUCCUAACAGGGGCAAUGGGCUUAGGCCCACAUCCGAGACCUACCACCCCUCAAAUUCUGGUCAACCGGAUAGGACAGGGAAUGUUGACAAUGAGACUUUCAGAUGCCUAAGCCCAUCUCCGCUUAUGGGCUUGACUUCCUCAGCGGGCCAAGCUUCAAGCUCCUCUGCCUCUCAUCUGGUCAAAUCAUUUGUUGGGCCGAACGACACAAGAAUGCAAAUCGUGGCGGUACCUUCCUCUCUAAAGCGAACCAGACAAGUGGAGGCGAGCUCUCCCUCGGCGGGUGAGCGGAUGAAAAAGAAGAAGGGGUCCCGGCAGCAAUCAAAGAAAGGAACUCCGGUGAAGCUCCAGGCAUCCAAGGCCCUGGAAAUUUGGUCUCCUGUGAAAGACAGGAAGAACAAAUCCAAGGCUCGGCUGUCGUCACUCACUCUCGAGGAGAUCAACGCCUGGACCUGUGCCGCGGCGGAGAAGGCCGAUCGGAAGCCAGACCAUGACAAGGAUACGUCUAAGCUACCUAAGCAGCGAGCUCCAGCCGAGGACGCGAUCGUUACUGCCGUUCUCCAAAACUAA